AUGAAGAAGCUUCUGAUGUCGGUGAUUCUCUUGUUCAAUGAGAAUCUGCAGGCCUACUUAAUGAGGGCCGAUUACUUCACAGAACUCAAUCGAUCAUUUUUACAGUACAAGACAUGCAUAUUCUAUUCGAACGAUGCUCGUGGUUUCCGCAGUGCUUCAUCUAAUCGAUGUAAUCUGAAAAAUGGAAUGACAGAUGAGAUCAGAGAUGUGUUCCUCAAGAAACACAACGAAUAUCGAUCCUUAGUUGCAAGGGGUCUCGCCAAUGACAGGCAAGGUGGUACUACUCCGACGGCCGGAAAAAUGGCGAGAAUGAGUUAUGAUUGUAAACUCGAAGAAAGUAUGAUGAAAUGGCUGAAUAAAUGCAUAUUUCGAGACUCUAAAAGCGGAAACGGAGAGAACAACUGGUUGUCAACUGAGACUCGUUUGAACAAAACGCACGCUGCGACAAUGAGCACCAGAAUAUGGUUCAGUGAACUAGAAACCAAAGGUAUUGGAAAAGAGAACAAACUGACGGAGCAAGUGUUCAACCGAGGCGUUGGACACUAUACUCAGGUCACACCAAAAAUGGUAUGGCAGUCAAGUAGAAAAAUUGGAUGUGGUGUGAAAGUGUGUGAAAAAUUUGUGCUCGCAGGUUGCCAGUACCAGAAACGAGGCAAUUUGAUUGCAGCUGACAUCUAUGAGAAAGGAAAUGUUUGCUCAAUGUGCAACUGCCAGCAGUGUCGUUGUAACAAGAGUGAAGGUCUUUGUGAUGCCCCAUGA